AGCAAGGGAGCACGCUCUCGGAGGCUCGAUCGAGGAUCGAGGGUACCAAGCACGCCGAAGGGCAGCCGGCGAAUAAACCAUGGCUGGCGUAGUGCGUUCUGUGCAAAGCGUAACCAGAGUUUUGACCGCUUGCAGACUGCUUUCACGAAUUGCCUGCCCACCUCGGGCGGCGUCUUAUUACCUCUUCAAAGAUCAGCAUGCGAUCACGACCCAUGUGCCCGAACGGAGGGCCAGUGUGUUGGCAACAGCAGCGGAGAACUCCUCCUCUUCCUCCUCCUCCUCCUCCUCUACGCAAUGGCAGGGCCACCAACUGGAUCGAGCCCUUCAACGCAUUGACAACGAGGUACGCCGCACAGGCCGGGUGACGCGCAAGGACCUGGACGACGUGCUGGCGCAGGCUGCAGCCAUCGGACGCCUCUCGGGUCCCCAGGGCCUGCUCCUGGUGCGCAUGUGCGGGGCCUUCCUGCGCGAGGAGCCACCGUCCGAGCGCCGGGAACUGGCUCGGGCAGUCUGGGAGCGGCUGCAAUCACUGGGCUGCCCGCUGGAUGCCAGUCACUACAACGCCCUGCUGCAGGUGUACCUGGAGAACGAGUUCCCCUUCUGUCCAUCCACCUUCCUGGCCACCAUGGAGGCCGCCUCCGUUCAGCCCAACAGGGUGACGUACCAGAGGCUGAUCCAUCGGUAUUGCCAGCAGGGAGACAUUGCCGGCGCCAGCAAGAUACUGGAGCACAUGAAGAGCCAGGACAUGGCAAUCAACGAGAGAGUCUUCAACUCACUGGUCCUGGGCCACUGCCGUGCUGGGGACACCGAGAAUGCCUGGAAUGUUCUGGAAGUGAUGAGGAACGCUCAGCUGGAGCCUACUGCGGACACAUUCCAUGCGCUUCUGGUCGGCUGUGCCGAGCGAGGUGACCAGGCAGGCCUGGAGAGAGCGUUCCGAGAGGCUGACCGGGUCGAGACCUUCUUGCCCGAUGAACUGCUGCUGGACGUGGUGCGCGUCCUGGCCUGCGCGGGCCACCACGGCAUGAUCGACAUGGUGCUGGAAAGGACGCGCCGCCUGGCGGGCUACACCCAGGACUGCAUCAACGUGUGCCUGCAGCUGCUGGCACAGGGCCAGGAUGAGGUGGCCUACCGCAUGCUCCUCACCAUGGAGACGCCGCGCAAUGAGUUCCACGGAAACUUCUUCGUCAGCCAGAUGGUGCGGCGAGGCCUGCCCCUCGAGCGUAUCCUUCACUACUGCAAGGACCUCCAGAGUCGGGGCCUCAACAGUCGUGCCCUGGUGCGCUGCGCAGAAGUGGCCCUUACCAACCACCGAACUGAUCUGGCUCUGCCGCUCCUUCGAGAGAUGCACCAGCAGGGGAUGCCGCUACGGACGCACUACUUCUACCCAUUGGUUUUGGCCCAAGGGAACAAUGAACAGGGCGUCUAUGAUGUGCUCAAGUCCAUGUUGGACCUCGGAGUGGACGUCAACUACGACCUGCUGGCCGAAUACGUCUUCCCGGCAGUCAACACCGAGGACACUGCCGCCGUGGUGGAGAAACUAAAGGGCCUGGGCCUGAGUGUGUCUUCCAUCGUGAAUCCUCUGGUCCUGUACCACCUCCAGGCUCACAACUUGGGCAAGGCCCUUGCUGUCGCAGAGCAGUAUCCGGUGAACCUAGUGGCAUCGGUGCUGGUGCCAUGUCUGACUGCCUGCUAUCGGGAAACUCGCCAAGCCAUGCCUGCUGUCAAGCUUCUCUCCUUGGUACUGCAAGGCCCUGAGUCCACUGCUACUGGAACGAGCCGCACAGACUGGGCAGGAAAGUUCUUGACAGAGUGUCUGGUGGAGCCGCCUGCUGACCUGAGUAAUCUGAUCCCAGAGCUUCUGGCAAAUAAGGUGCACAUCUCCCGGUCGGCAGCAGACCAGCUGAGGACACGUCACGGACAAUCUCUCGGCGGUUCCAUCCUUGAUAUGUUGGACCAGAUAUCAGCGGAGAAACUGGACGACUUCAGUGACUCUAGGCUACCUUCUCAGAACGACAUGGGCAUCGAGGAGUUGGAGGCCCAUCUCUUGGAGUUGCAGAGCAAAGGCAUGAACACUCGGGGGGCCCUUCGCCGGCUCCUGCUCCUCCACUGCCGCUUCAGGCACACGGAGCGGGCCCUGUCGGUGGCCGAGCAGCUGCGUCAGGACGGCUGCACCUUCACGGGUGCUAUGCACGCCCAGCUGCUCGAUCUGUUUGUGUCCAUGGGCGACCUGGAGCGGGCGCGGGACCACCUGAAGCAGGUGCACGAGGUGGACCCCUCGUUCCGGCUGGACACCCACAAGUUGCUCGGCCUCGCCACCCUCGAGGCCAGCCGAGGCCACACCGACGAGGCCCUGCGCCUGCUGGAGAAGGACCAAGGUGGAUGCAGUAACGAUGGUGACCGCCAGGCACAGCAGUCCGGUCUCGAUCGGGCAGCCGCACGCCUGCUGACGGCCCUGGCGGAGCAGGGUGGCCCAGUGGAGCGCGCCCUGCAGCUGCUGCUGGAGCGAUGCUGGGUGAGCCCGUCGGCCACCUUGCUGUCGCCUCUAGUGCGGGCACACCUGGUGAAGGAGGACGUGCCGGGGGCCCUGAAGACGUUCGAGGAGUGCGCCCGCCGAUACCGGCUCACGCCCCUCAAAGGGGAACUCUCAAGGCAGCUCAUCAACCAGGGGCGCUCGGAAGAGCUGCAGAAAGUGGUGGACAUCAGCACAGAGGUGCACGGCGAGGCCAACACCCUGUUUGACCUGACUGCCUACUUCCUCGAGUGUGGCCACGUACGGCAGGCACAGAAGAUCCUUGAGACUCCCGGACUGCGCGCAAGGCAUCAGCGGCUGAACCAGAUCUGCGAGAACUUCCUGCGGCGUGGCAUGGUGACGCAGUUGGAGCAGCUUGUCGCCAUCACGCGAAACCUCUUCGACGUCAACAGAGACAGCCUGUACCAGUCCCUGUUCAGAGCAUACGAUGUAGCAGGGGACGCCGAUCGCGCCCUGGACGCCUGGGCCCAAAUGCAAGAGGAGAAUGUGCAGCCCAGUGCGAGCACGCUGCGACUGCUGGCCGCCUUGUUGCAGCGCCUCGGCCGUCCCGUUCCCUUCACCGUGCCUGCUGUGGAGGCGGGUGCAAAACGGGAUAGCUUCGACACCCUGCUCACCACGGACCUCGAUACAGCGUUGGACCUCUGGCACAGGGGCGAAGUAUCCGGCACGCAGAAGGGCUCUCAGUUGUUGCAGGCUCUUGGCCGGCAGGGUCGCACGCGAGAGGCCCUCCGGAUUCUGGAUCAGCUCACGGGGUCUGGUCAGCCGACUUCCGUCUCGGCCCAAGCCUUGCGACCCCUUGUCCAGCAGCUGGCUGCCCUGGGCGAAGUGGAGUCCCUGGUCAAGCUGCGCCCUCAGCUGCCGGAACGUCUCCUGCGGCAGCUGUCUUUCGACAACCUGAUCUGCAACGCCUACGUGCACAGUGGAAGAGCAGGUGACCUGCUGACCGAGCUGGAAAGUGCAACGGGUGAGUGGGCGGUCAGCGGACGCUGUCCGUUUGGCGGUCUCAUCGGUCUGCUGACCCGUCACCCCGAGUUGGCCGACCGGGUGGAGGCGUUGGGCCGCACCUACGGCACGCAGCACGACUGCUGGGCGCCCCUGAAUGCGCUUUGGGUGCACAGGGCGCUUCAGCAGGACUAUGAGGGGGCGGACCAACUCCUCAAGGAAUUCCCGCAGCUGGGUCCACAGCUCCUGUUCAUCCCAGUCAUGAACGAGUCCAGGGAGAAAGUUGACGAACGCAUGGCCCAGUACCUGGCAGAUGUGGUGACAACGCACGGCACCAACCCAAAGAUGCAGGCCCUGGCACGCAGCAACUUGAUCCGUGUUCUCGCGUUGCAGGGUAGCUUGGACAAGGCCCUCCAGGUGCUGCAGUCGACGGACGUGGCGAGUGUGUCCCCAUGGGCAUUGGCCAUACUGAGGGAUUCCUUGGUGGCCGCUGGAAAGCCCGUGCCAUUCCAGGUGCCUCAGCGUGCACAGCAGGAGGAACAACAGCAGGAGCAAGCGCAACAUUAGGACACACACCCUGUUCCCGGCCCAUUAUGUAUAUAGAUCUAGUCGAUUAAAACAUUGUUCACUUAA